CUUCUCAUUGGCCGGUCCUGGCGGUCAGGGCCCGUCGCGGUCAGCUGCCUGGGCCCCGGAGUCGGUCUUGGCCAUGAACGCCUCUAGAGGAAGGAGGCAGGAAGCAGCAGGGCCCAAGGGUAGAAGGGCUCACAGACCCCGGGAACAGGACCGAGAUGUACAACUGUCCAAGGCUCUGUCCUAUGCCCUGCGCCACGGGGCCCUGAAGCUGGGGCUUCCCAUGGGGGCUGAUGGUUUUGUGCCCCUGGGCACCCUCCUGCAGCUGCCCCAGUUCUGCAGCUUCUCAGUUGAAGAUGUGCAGCGCGUGGUGAACACCAAUGGGAAGCAGCGGUUCGCCCUGCGGCCAGGGGACCCCGGCGCCGGCCCUCUCAUCCGGGCCAAUCAGGGUCACUCCCUGCAGGUACCUGAGUUGGAGCUGAUUCCCCUGGAGGCCCCGCAGGCCCUGCCCCUGAUGCUCGUCCAUGGCACAUUCUGGCGGCACUGGCCAUCCAUCCUGCUCAAGGGCCUGUCCUGCCGGGGGAGGACGCACAUCCACCUGGCCGCGGGACUGCCUGGGGACCCUGGUGUCGUCAGUGGCAUGCGGCCAAAUUGCGAAGUGGCCGUGUUCAUCAACGGGCCCCUGGCCCUGGCAGAUGGAAUCCCCUUCUUCUGCUCUGCUAACGGGGUGAUCCUGACUCCAGGGAACGCUGAUGGCGUCCUGCCUCCCAAGUAUUUCAAGGAGGCCCUGCAGCUACGCCCUACCCGAAAGCCCCUCUCCUUGGCUGGUAAUGAAGAGACAGAGUGUCAGAGUGACCCCAAGCACAGCUCCAGAGGAAGAAGGAUGACCCAACAAUAAAAUAUUUAUUUUUUUUAAAUGUAAAAAGAUAACAAAAGAGAAACUCCAGUCUGAA